AGUGUGACGUUGCGUUGCAGCUCCUCCUUGACUGUUUCAAUCAGGUCGUCUGAGCGACUUUAAAGUUUGCCUUACAGCCCCAGAAUGUAUUUUCGGUUGUGCAGUUAGAUCACUAGUAAACAUGUCUGGAAGAGGAAAAGGUGGCAAAGGACUUGGGAAAGGAGGCGCUAAGCGUCACCGCAAGGUUCUGCGCGAUAACAUCCAGGGAAUCACCAAACCUGCCAUCCGUCGUCUUGCUCGCCGUGGUGGAGUCAAGCGUAUUUCUGGUCUGAUCUACGAGGAGACAAGAGGUGUUCUCAAAGUGUUCUUGGAGAACGUGAUCCGUGAUGCCGUUACAUACACAGAGCACGCCAAGAGAAAGACCGUCACCGCAAUGGAUGUUGUGUAUGCACUGAAACGUCAGGGCCGCACUCUGUACGGUUUCGGAGGUUAACUUUCUAUCAGUCGUAUAAACAAAAGGCUCUUUCAAGAGCCACCCAUGUUUUCAGUAAAAGCGCCUUUUUUAGACUCUUUGUAAUGUAUGAAGAAGUGUGUUUUAAGCUCACCGUGCUAAUGAGUUCAGACAGUGCAGUUUUGUGUAAUCUGCAGUUUAAAACAGUUUGAGCGGGAAAAAUAAAAUUCAAUUUUCAAAAUGUUCAGAUUAAAUUUAGUUUAACUAAGAUAUAUGUAAUAUUGAUGUUUAUUAAACGUAUACAGAUUUGUGAGAAGAAAUUUAGUUUAACCAAUACAAAAAUAUGGCUUUAAAUACUACGUUAUUCAAACAUGUUUCUUCUUGUAUGCAAUACUGAACAGCUGAACUGAAAUGUAAAAAGGCCAUUAUUCUGUACAAAUGGGUAAGAAUUCUAUGCUCAUGGUCGCAAAGUUAAGUAAAAUGCAUUAUUGUAAAUGCAGUAUUAACUGAAUAUUUGAGAUUUUGCAAGACUUAAGUGAAAAAGGUCAAACUUGGAUAUUAUUAAAGAUAAAAAAAAAAGAUAAAACGCCUUUAUAUCUAACCUCUUUUGAGAAUAUGCAAUUUAAGGUUUUAAUUUGAUACUAUUAAAACACUUU